AUGGACAAACCAGAGAAAGAGGAGAUGAUGGACAACUUCGAGAAGUUGGACCAAUUUGACAUGUUGGAUAAGCUAGACAAAGUGGAGAAGAAGGAUACGACUGCGAAGACUGAGGCGUCAGUGAAGGUGCAGUAUGCAGACCCACUGGACAAAGACGAGAAGAUGGAUCAAAUGGACAAGGCAGAGAAAACAGAAAAGCUGGAGCCAACAGAAAAGGUAGACAAAGAAGAAAAACCAGAGAAGGUGGAAAAAAUGGACAAGGGUGACAACACUGACAAAGUAGAGAAGAUGGACAAGGUGGAAAAGCCUGAGAAGAAAGAACAGAAUAUUGAAAAAGUGGAGAAGACCCCAGAGAAACCGGAGACAGCGGUGAAGUUGGACACAUUUGACAAGAUGGAAACACAGCCUGACAAGGAGAAGACAGACCAUGUUGGAAAGGUAACAGUAACAGCUGAGAAAGAAACAGAAAACGUAGAGAAGCCCACAGACAAAGUGGAAAAGGAGGAUAAGAAGCCGGAGAAAACAGAGCUGGCUGAGAAAUUAGACAAGCAGGUUAAGGUGGAGAAAUCUGAGAAAAAAGAGCUGAAAAGUCCUGAGAAAAAGACGGACAAGAAAGCAGAGACCGCUGAUAAGGCCAAAAAACCUGCAAGUAAACCCUCGACCAAUGGGAGCAGUGCCACACCAAGCAAGGACCUGCCCAGUCCAGACAAGAAGACCAAGGUAGGCCACAGUCGAGAUUUAAAGAGGAACGUUAUCAAAUCAUACAUCACUCAUGCUGCUAACGCUUUUGCUACUGCUACAUUUAUAUCCAUGUAUAGCAGUGAGCUAGGACUAUAAGUGGUCCAUUGAAGUCAAUUUAAUGAAGUAAUAUCUGUCAUAAUCAGCAAUAUGAAGAAAAAGGAAAGGAUGUUGGUCUUCAUUGUUCUAGUGCUGAUUUUACCUUGAUGUAACUUAAUUGAGUUUUUGGUUUUGUCAAGCUGGCAGUUCCAUUUGUUGGUAUUCUGUUGAUUAUGAUUAAGGCUGCUUCUGCUGCUUUCUCCUGCUGCUAUCAUGUGUUUUGUUGUUUUUCUUUCUCGCCUUUUGUUCUUUUCUUUUGCUAUUUGUCUGGUGUGCCGUCCAUCUCGCAGCCGGUUGCCGGGGCAACCAAACAGAGCGCCGCUAAGCCACGGCCGAGCUCGGCAGCAUCCACUGGUGCUGCCGCCCCCAAACGCCCCACCCCUUCCUCCACCUCCACCACCACCUCAGCCACCCUCAACAAAAAAACACCUGUGCCCAAGGCCCCUACCCCCACCGCUGGCCCCAAGCGGCCCUCGUCCACAGUCAGCCGACCCACAUCCGCAGCCACCACCUCCACCACUGCGCCACGUGAGGUCAAGCCCAAGGUGAGUGCCCCUGCCCUGCUUUAGCCGCAGUCUCCUCCACCUCCAUAGCCACCCCUGUGUGGUGUCUCUCUGUGUAGGGAAAACGACCUACCACCUACUUCUUCUCUCAUUGCAUUUCUUUCAAUCUCCUACUCAUCAUCUUGCUGAUCAGAAGAAGGAGCAUGUUCAGUUCUGUUUAGCAUAGGUGUUAGUUUAGCUACUAUGUUAAUUUCCACAGGAGCUAUAGUCAAAGGCUCUGUCUGACUGCAGUGGUGCUGCUCGGAGCCUAAUCUGCCUGUAAUGGAUCCACGUUCUAAACUUGUCUUGGCCCUGGUGCUGAGUGGCCGUCCACAGGAUUACUCAGAGCAGGGUUCAUAGAGGGAAGGUCGGGCUUUAGGGUAGGGGGCCAGAGGAGGGGCAGCCAGCAUUCAUCACUCCUCCCCUGGCAUUUACUAGAGAGACCCAGGGGCAACCAUCAGUCGCUCACCUUCAGCCGUCAGCGCAGCAGAUACACACUACAAUGUACUGUACAUGAUGUACAGCCACUUCUCUAACCUGCUGGUGUAUUUGCCUUUAAUGACAUAUUAAGUAGCCUUGCACGGGUCUUGGAGCCUAUCUCCUGUUUCUGUAGCGUAAGGCAGCUUGAUGCACAAGUACACCCCCUGGACAGGACACUAGUCUAUCGCAGAGCCUUACCCCAAAUCUAUCUUAGUGCCAAGUAGUGAUGCAUCGGGUCCCAUUUUUGUCAGUCUUUGGUAUGUCCCAGCCGAGGAUCGCACUCCCAACCUUCAAAUCUCAGGGUGGACAUUCUAACCACAGCUACAUAUUACACUGCUGUUUAAUAUUGGAGUACUGUAAUAAAGUCUAGGUCAAAAGGGCGGGCGACUCGAGAGAUCGUAAGACACAUUUGAAUGAGAGAGGGAAUGAAUGAGGAGGCGGUGCAGAAAUCAAAGCUGUUUUCCAAGCAAAGCCUCCCUCGGGCGGUGUAUCUAUGCAUGGGGAAAUCAGACACACACCGCAUUGGCAUUCUUUUUAUAUCCCUGGUUCCUAGUGCAAUCCUUACAUCAGCGCCAAGGCAAAACACACCAUAUUGUGAAACCAGAGACCUAUCAACAGUGGACCUCCUGUGUAUUGAGGAUUCUGUCGCAUGCUCGUUGCUGCCUUCCAGUUUCGAUGCAACACAUUCCAGAUGCUUCCUUGACAAAAUUGUCUGGAGCCUUCAUUCCUAAUACUUUGAUAAUACUAAUCUGAACUGUGCUCUCUGAGGUUAUAUAUGGUGUUGAUUCAGAACCAUAUCAUGCCAUAUACUGUAUAUAAGGGGUGUCGAAACUCCACAAUGGGCCGGUGCAGUAACACACCUGCUUUAGUUUGACUUUGAAUAGUUCAAUUAAUCAGGUGUGUUACUGGUUGGUUGGAACAAAGGUCUGGACUAACACCAGCCCCGUACGUAUGAUAAUGGCCACCCCUGUUGUACACCGGUUUGUGUCAAGAACUGCAACGCUGCUGAGUUUUUCACGCUCAACAGUUUCCCGUGUGUAUCAAGAAUGGUCCACCACCCAAAGGACAUCCAACCAACUUGACACAACUGUGGGAAGCAUUGGAGUCAACAUGGGCCAGCAUCCCUGUGGAACGCUUUAGACACCUUUUGGAGUCCAUGCCCCGGCGAAUUGAAACUGUUCUGAGGGCAAAAGAGGGGGUGCAACUCAAUAUUAGGAAGGUGUUCCUAAUGUUUGGUAUACUCAGUGUAUGUGAUUGCCCAUAGUUGUUAGCGUGAACUUGGAGUUCCAUAUACGCUCCAGGCAGGAAUGAUCUGCUAUUGCCCUCUAGUGGUUGCCUGUUUUACUACAGGCAGCUUUUUUGGCUAAACAACACACGAGGGGAGAGGCAAUCUAGUGUGCACACUCUGUUGUGAAAAUACCCUAUAGAGCAGUGCAUUGAGGGAAUGCUCUUAAACAUCAUGGGACCUGGCUCGGAUAUGAUUGCAGAGGAUUCUGUACAGGCUAACCAGAUGGCAGUGGCAAUGAGAGCGAUAUCAUGAUAGCAAUUACAUUAUGAGGAUUUGUUGAUGUUUUUGUUGUACAACGAAUACUAGAUAGGUAAGUGGUUUUAUAAAUAUAACAUUAUCCUGCAACAAAGAGGUUCUUUGCCACAGCUUCAAUUUAUGAGAGCGCUAUGGUGCACCUUCAACCUUUUAUUUGUUAUUAAACUCCAUUACUCCAUUAUUUGUAACUGAAGAGUGUAGCUCCAUCCUUCCUUCCCUUAUGUAUCUGUUUACCACACGUCUCCCAUUCCCUGUCUCUCUCUCUCUCUCUCUCUCUCUCCAGACGACCAUAGAGAGGCGUCCUCUAGUGCCAAAGGCCACCACCGCCUCCACGGCUCGAACUGCUGCCCCCAAAAACGGCACUGCUACCAUGGCAACCAGUAAACCAGCCACGGCGACCCGCACUGCCACCAGCGCACCCGCAACCAGACGCCCUCUGGGUGAGUCACUAUGCUACACACUUACACAUUUUUUAACACGCAUACACACACAAACAACACACACACACACACCGUGACCAAUUGUUUUGGUGAUUCAAAGUGUCUGACGUCUAGCCAGCAGGGUACCAAACUGUUUCUGCAUUCCACAACCUGACUUCACUGCUUUGCCAAACAAACUUUGACAAGGCAAUAACAGGGAUCAAUAGGCUGAGCUAUGUUCUCUUCUGUUUUGCCUCUCAGCAUCAAAGACUGACAGCAAGCCAGGAGAGGAAAAGAAGCCCAGCACUCUGAAGUCAACAACAGGUACAGAAACACUCCUCCUCUCUUCGCUUCGUCUCCAUCCCUCCCUCUCUCUCUCUCUCUCUCUGCUCUCCUCCUUUGAAAGGCAGCACCAGUCCUUCAGCCAGACAUCCACAGUACUGUAACUCCAGCUGAGGGAUUAGGGGCAGCUGUUGCACAGAGAGGGAAAUAAAAUGAAGAGUGACAGUGUCAUGCAGGAACACACAGAUGAAGCAUGCAGGCCGUGACAAAGAGGUGGUGAAGUCGACGAGAAAAAAAAAGUAUUGCUAAAAGCCGCAAAGAGUAAAAGCCUCAUCACAGCACUCUGAGGAUUACACUCCCCUACUGUUGACAUGAGCUGCUGACACUGGCACUACAUCUCAACGUUGCAUAACCAGCAACGCAGGCAGAAGCCGUUCCCAUAUGCAUAAAGAGGGGAUGAUUUUCUGAUCCUAGCAUUUCUUUCUGCUCAGAAAUAAGACUCUUUCAGGACGGAUUGGGCGGAUCUAAGAUUUAAGUCUCAGCAGGCAGGGCACAUUUAGUUCAUCCUGCGAUGUCAGACAUUUGGGAAGUGUGGCGGUGCAUAUUGGGGUUUAUGUAGCUCCAGAGCAGAAAGGAUACCUGCCUGAUUUAUGUUCCCAAAAAGUUUUUCAAAGUGUUGCUGACAGCAUAUUAACCAUUACCUGAUCUUAAAUUCAUAGAAUCGUAAGAGUAUCGAAGAGAGCAGAUCUAUAUACACUGCUCAAAAAAAUAAAGGGAACACUUAAACAACACAAUGUAACUCCAAGUCAAUCACACUUCUGUGAAAUCAAACUGUCCACUUAGGAAGCAACACUGAUUGACAAUAAAUUUCACAUGCUGUUGUGCAAAUGGAAUAGACAACAGGUGGAAAUUAUAGGCAAUUAGCAAGACACCCCCAAUAAAGAAGUGGUUCUGCAGGUGGUGACCACAGACCACUUCUCAGUUCCUAUGCUUCCUGGCUGAUGUUUUGGUCACUUUUGAAUGCUGGCGGUGCUUUCACUCUAGUGGUAGCAUGAGAUGGAGUCUACAACCCACACAAGUGGCUCAGGUAGUGCAGCUCAUCCAGGAUGGCACAUCAAUGCGAGCUGUGGCAAGAAGGUUUGCUGUGUCUGUCAGCGUAGUGUCCAGAGCAUGGAGGCGCUACCAGGAGACAGGCCAGUACAUCAGGAGACGUGGAGGAGGCCGUAGGAGGGCAACAACCCAGCAGCAGGACCGCUACCUCCGCCUUUGUGCAAGGAGGAGCAGGAGGAGCACUGCCAGAGCACUGCAAAAUGAGGCAUUGAUGCUAUGGACUGGCCCGCCCGUUCCCCAGACCUGAAUCCAAUUGAGCACAUCUGGGACAUCAUGUCUCGCUCCAUCCACCAACGCCACGUUGCACCACAGACUGUCCAGGAGUUGGCGGAUGCUUUAGUCCAUGUCUGGGAGGAGAUCCCUCAGGAGACCAUCCGCCACCUCAUCAGGAGCAUGCCCAGGCGUUGUAGGGAGGUCAUACAGGCACGUGGAGGCCACACACACUACUGAGCCUCAUUUUGACUUGUUUUAAUGACAUUACAUCAAAGUUGGAUCAGCCUGUAGUGUGGUUUUCCACUUGAAUUUUGAGGGUGACUCCAAAUCCAGACCUCCAUGGGUUGAUAAAUUUGAUUUCCAUUGAUCAUUUUUGUGUGAUUUUCUUGUCAGCACAUUCAACUAUGUAAAGAAAAAAAGUAUUUAAUAAGAUUAUUUCAUUCAUUCAGAUCUAGGAUGUGUUGUUUAAGUGUUCCCUUUAUUUUUUUGAGCAGUGUAUAAUUUCUCUGAACUGAGUUGAAGUAUUUUUGCAUUUAAACGGCUUCAUUACCUGGUUGUUUAUUGUGCUAUUUUCUCCUCCUCCUCCCUCCGUUCUAGCGGACUCCACCCGGCCCCGGACCAGCACCACCCGCAGCUCUAUAGCUAGCACCACCAGCACCACCCCCCGUGUCCGCCCCUCCACCACCAAACCAGCCCCCCCCUCCUCCUCCACAGUACCAGAGAAGAAGCCCCCUGUUCCCCGCGUCCCCCGUCCCACCUCGGGCAGUGCCAGUACCACGCGUACCACCUCCCGCCCUGGCACAGCCCCCGCACCAGACAUCCGCAAUGUACGCUCCAAGAUCGGCUCCACGGAGAACAUGAAGUACCAGCCCGGAGGGGGGAAGGUAAGGGGUCGUGCAUCAGUGAUGGAUGGGGUGCUUUUAGGGGUUUGGGGGGUGGGGAUAGUGGGUUGGACUGAUAUUAUUUAUUCUUAUGCGGAUACCCACUUUAAUAUUUCCAAGGCUUAUUGGCCAGGUUGUGUUUUAUACAUGAGUUCUUACAUGAAUAAAAUAGAUAUUCUGUUUCACAGAUGGGCUUGGUUUACAGACAGUGUCAUUAUGAUAUUGUGUAGGGCUUUGUAGUCUUAGUGUUCACAGUCUAAUGCAGGGGUGUCAAACAUAUGGCCUGGGGGUCCAAUCCAGCCCUCGGGUGGUUUGAGUAAAAAAAUAGUUUUUUGGGGGGGAAACUAACUCAAAAUACUUUAAAUUGACUGAAAUGUGUAGAAAUGAGAAUGGACCUACAUUCAUACAGUUUCUUGACUGUAACCAGCUCGCCAAUAAUCACCAUAAUGAAAGCUAGACUGUCAGGGAGCAUCGGAAAUUCAAAAACUAUGGAUAGAGGACUAUUUCUUGCAAAUUUUGACGGCAAGGAAAUACAACCAAUUUUCAAUGCGACCCUCCAGAUCUGAUUGAAGACCGAAUGCUGCCCCCGGGGCAAAAUGAGUUUGACACCCCCGAUCUAAUAAUGGCUUCCUCAGACAGGUUAUGUUCAGUAGAUGAAGCCCCAGCUAACACACUAUUUUCCCAUAGUGCACUCCUCCUAAUGCCCCAUUCCAUAUCAUAGCUUUCCCUAUUAACAACCUCUCCUAGUUUCUUCCAACCUAGUAACUGGUCCCAGCUUGUCUCAUAUUUUACCCUUUACGAUCCAAAAUGGUUCCCAGUUAACUCAGUAACUACCUCCAUAAAUUUCCAUUUGAUUCAAUUCACCAUCUUGCAUCCAUGCUGACAUCUCACCCCAUACUCUACAUCCACCUCUGCACUACUUUACCUCUCACUUCCUUUUUCCUGGCUGAGACCCCUUAUAGAGUACAGGUCCUCCUAACAUUAUUUUUAGCCAGAUAUACUAUGCCUUCACUUCUACUGUCAAGUGUCAACAUGGUGGAAUAACCAAGAAAUAUGGUGCCACAUGUUGAGCGAUGGACCCCAAACUGCAUGUCAAAGAAAAUUCAGAAUUUCUUUGUUCUCUGAAAUAAACAGAGCCUUGCUGUUUUGGAUACAGCAUCAGAAUAGAGGAGGUAGUUCUGCAUACUCCUGCUGCCCUGUGUCCUGUGUGUUGUAUUGACCCAGGGUGGGGCUUGUCUCCCCAGGUCUCUGGCAGGAGCGACGCCCUGGCCAAAGGCUCCUCCUCCAAAGAGACCAGCGAGGCCAAAGUGAGUUCACCCCCAUACCUCACCCUAUCUCAUCCAAUUUCUCUCUCUUCAAAUAUCUGUCUCUCUCUUCCUCACCCUCUGUUUACUACUCUCACUUCCUGUCUCCCUCUUCCUCACCCUCUGUUUACUACUCUCACUUCCUGUCUCCCUCUUCCUCACCCUCUGUUUACUACUCUCACUUCCUGUCUCCCUCUUCCUCACCCUCUGUUUACUACUCUCACUUCCCGUCUCCAUCUUCUUCACCCUCUGUUUACUACUCUCACUUUCUGUCUUUCUCUGUGUAUAUUUCUCAUUAUGUUGUCUCUCACCCGGUCUUUCUCUGUCAACCUCUCUCUUUCUUCUCUUCCCCUUUCUCUCUCAUUCUUUGUCUCUCUAUCUUCUUGUCAUUUUCUUCUAAAGUGAGAUACAUUUCCUCCAAGCUGUUCAUCUUUCCGACCUCUGUUUGUAGGUUAAAAUAUUGUGGUUGGACCGUUUUUUUUUUAUUGCCACAUUUCAUUGUUCACAAAAACAUACACUCACUUGUCUCUGGUUAUCCCUCAUUCACUGCAUGGACUGACUGACAGACAGCUGUAUAAAGUAGAUGUUCAGGUGACUGACUGACCGACCAACCGACACCAUACUGUUCCUGGGUUUUUCCAUUGUGAGAAUGCAGCCUGAAAAGAGCGGAAUGAUGACUCACUCAGGAGGAAUGCACAGUGGACUGCGCUCCGGUGACUGUGUUUACAGCCAGACCGUUCUGGAGUUUCCAACAUCAACUUGCGGUUUUGUGGAAGCGGACCACACCCGACGAAGAAACAUGCGUUUGAAAUACAAUCGUUCUGAUUUAUGUUGUGUUUUAGGUUUCACCUCAAAAACGCUUAGUUAGGUUAUUUUUUACAGUAGAUAUAGAAGAACGGUCAAUGAGAUACCAGAUCGGAUGGCAUACCCUUGGAGGGGAGGCACACAUCCGUGGUAGAGCGCUAAGCAUACUAACACACUGCCUUGCUACAAUCUCUCUCCUCAUAGGACUUCAUACAGUAACACAAGGCUAAAGCCAGACCCAGAGAGCCGGGAGUCCAUGUUGUUUGACAGCAAUACGAAUACUGUAUAUCCCUGGUUUUAAAAUUGGCCUGCCCUAAAGAAAAAUAUUAAAGUUGGCCUACCCUGUGGCAAAGUAGUGGCUGGAGGGCUGUGAUAAGUAAUUGUACAGUAGCAUAUGUCUGCACUGUAGACGGAGGAUCCAGAGGGAGAGGCUUUCUGAGUUCUGCUCCGUCACACCCUCUCCCUAAUUACCACCACAUAAUGAUUCCCAGAGGACUCCUAUGGCUGUCAAGGAUCUGAGCUUAACCCUGCUACUGCCUUGUGUCUGUGUGUGUGUGUAAGUGUGUGUGUGUCCUUUGCUUAACUGUCAGCACAACAGUAAGGUGCAGUGAUUCCUAACUAAAAUGUCUAAUGGACUGGAUGAAGUUUUGUCAUUUUCUAAAUCUAACUACUGGGUUUGUGGGUUCAUGGUACUAAUGUCAUAUUGUCACUGUGUGAUUGUCCGUCUAUGUGCCAACAAGUAUGAUUGUCUCAAUAUGGCAGGAUAUCACCAAAGUUAAUAUUAAACGGACAGUAACUUCAGCCAUUCACUUAAGCCCAUUAAAAGGGCAUAUGCUUAGCAAUAUCAUCAUUGAUGCAGUCAGACACAGUUAUAGUAAUUAUCACUGUAACAACACAAGUUAGCACCAACAUACAAUACUUUACAGGUGAAACCAUCUCCAUGAUAUUACAUUCACAUGCCUGUUUCAAUAACCUAUUUUAAUACCGCAGCAAUUGAACAUCCUCAAAGGGCAGGUGUGGAUGUGGGACCCGCAUGUGUGUGUCAAUAGACCUCUGUGUGUGGCCUCUAGAUGCAUCUGCACUAUUCUCUUCCUUCCUCAUCACACCCCACCCCCACCCUGACCCUCCCGCUAACCCUAACCCCCACGGUGACCCUACUCUUCCUCUCUGCCUGCUAUGCUGUGUUUGUAGGUUCAGAUAGUCUCCAAAAAGCUGGACUUCAGCCACGUCACCUCACGCUUGGGUUCCAAGGACAAUAUCAAGCAUGUUCCUGGUGGAGGGAAGGUUAGUACCGGAUUGCGGCUUAGCUUGAAUGGCCCCCAACCCCACACGGUUGACCGCACGUCAUGACCACUAAAGAGCUUGGGCGGGGGAGGGGGGUUUAUUAGAUAUCUUCUGAAGACUCCACUGGAACAGGUCUGAGACAGGCUGAACCUCACUCAUUCAUAACUUCCGCACGUUUAUUGUAGACUUUUCGGUCUGAGACCUUUUUCAAGACUCCGAGUGACUCGGUUCUAUCAUUGACAAUUAUGGCCAGGAUUCGGUUCUAGUCUAGGAAAUGCUACAGUGCUGCUCCCUUUUGGCACUGGCACGGUCAUUGCCUGAAAGCAUCGCUCCUGCCGAAUGACACCACCGAACGCUUUUAAGACGUCACUCUUAAUCACCGAUUUUUUUUUUUUGGGGGGGGGGGACCUUGAAACAAGAGGCUGUUGUGUGAUGUGGUUUUCGGACAGCAUGGUAUCUCUAGCUAACCCUCCUCCGUAGUGCUUGCUACUGCCCAUGGCUUAGACCAGUGUUUUCCAACUCCAGUCCUCCAGUACCCCCAACAGCACACAUUUGAAUUGUAGCCCCAGAAAAACUCACCUAAUGUAACUCAUUGAGAGCUUGAUGAUUAGUUGACAAGUUAAAUCAGGUGUGCUUUUCCGGGGCUACAGGAGAACUGGAGCUGGGAAACACUGGCUUAGACUCUCCCUGUCUCUGUCUCUAACUCACUCAACACCAAUCAAACACCACCCUUACCUUUCUGACCUCUGACCUGCCCAGACACUCAACUCUGAUUGGCUCUCCAUGCAGACUUCCUCCUUUGAUUGGUUGUGCUGUUGUUGCUACUGUAUGCGGUGGACACAUUAGUACAAGGGGCAGUACAUGAGUUUUCCCAAGAACAGAUGGCUAAUGAUAAAGCUGAAUAGGUUCAACUGCAUGGCGAAGAAGAUGGCUGUCAUGGCUCUUUGACCAGUUGUCAUUCAUUUCCUCUUCAGUGUGUGUAACUGGGUCUACUGUAUAUUUGCAGGUUCAGAUACUCAACAAAAAGGUGGAUCUAAGCAAAGUGACAUCGAAGUGUGGCUCCAAGGCCAACAUCAAACACAAGCCUGGUAAGGCCCUCUUGGGUAGACCUGUUGAGUUGCCAUACUGAAUGUACACAGUAAAUGCAUGUGUUGUGUAUGUUUCUAUGUGUUUUAUUGACCAUAGCACCUUACUGUCAUUAUAUACUCAAGAUGUUAUUAAGGACCAUUCAAAUGUGACUACCAAAGAUUAUUAUAAAGAUUAAGCAAAACAUCGGUCCAUAGCUCAGUUUAUCACCAACUGAUCUCUGUUCUGUGGACCUGUGCAGUGUGUAUUGUUUAUGCUGUCCCACUGACUGUGUGUGUCCUUUAGGGGGCAGCGAUGUGAAGAUUGAGUCCCAGAAAGUGAACUACAAGGAUCAGGCUAAGUCCAAAGUGGGCUCAAUGGACAACCUCUGUCACGAGCCCGGCGGUGGCAACAUCAAGGUGAGGUCACUGGACAAAGGACCUACUUGCACACACAUUUCACUGUCAGACAGUGCAUAUGAAAUGGUAUAGUCCAGAAAACACACACACACACAGAGGAGAGAGAGAGAUCAGGAAGAAGUAGAGCAGACGAGACGAGGAGAGAUAGAAGUAGAGCAGAGAGAUAGAUGAGAGAGCUAGAUUCUACUAGACUCUCCUAGAGAUCCUCGAUUUCGAGUAGGACCGAGAGAGAAGAGAGACUCUAGAGAGGAGGAGAUAAGAGAGAGGAGACGAAGCUCUCUCUCUCUUACCUGAGUCUCUAUCGACUCUCGACUCUCUGUCUCUACUCUUCUAGAGAGAGAACCUUUCAGCUUGCACAAGCAGCAUACACACACAUUUAACAAAACUAUCUAGCUUCCUCUGGAUUUAGUCAGCUGUUUAUGUACCCAGAGCUACCGUACACCUAAGCCCCUGUCUAAAGAUUACUAUUAUUAUUUUUCAGAUUAUUAAAUAUAGCUGAAGAAUAUAUCCCACAUCUAAAUCUAGCUCUCAUCUAAUAUGUUUGAGUACAUAUAGCUCUUUAUUUUCCACUUGAUUUGAUACCAUCAGACCACUGGUCCUGUUUUAGCUUUUAUGAUUUUCUACCAUUUUUAUUUCCAGCUUUGAAGACAUCCUCAGCGCCUGCUAUGUUUUGUUUCAAUACGCGUGUUGUUGUUAUCCCAUCUGUCCUACUGUACACACGGCAACCCCUUUUUCCAUUCCAUUGCAAUCUCCCCCCCCCUCCCACCCAAUUGACACCCUGUUACUGUAUGUGUUCUUAGGCUGAGGGGGCCCAGGAGAUAGCAGAGGGAAAUGGGGCUCCCCCCAGUGAUACCCCAGCCACGGUGCCAGGGCAGGCAAGCAGCCCCACCCAGGAGAAUGGGGUGAAGGAGGGUGCCCCCUGCGGAAGCCAGGGCCUCCAUGACCCCCAGGGCUUUGACUCACGCAUCCCUGAGACAAGUAAGUGUGCCCUCCAACCCGACCAGUAACCCACCUAUCCUCUCUCCCCCAGGGCUGGGUCCCACUCCUCCUCCUCCUCCUUCUCAGACUCCUAUCCCUUGAUGUGA